CCGCGUGACGUCACCGCCGCUCCGGAGUUGGCGGCGCCGCGGCGCGCGCGGCCUGUCCGGGCCCCCGGCGCGCAUGCGCGCUGCGCCUCCCUCCCUUUCCCGCCCCCUCGCUCUCCCCCGCGCCCCGGGUCUCCUCCAUUUUGUGCUGCGGCGGCGGCUGCGGCUCCCCCGCCUCGCUCCCGCCUCACUUUCACCCGCCUUGCCCCGCGCGAGCCAGUCCAAACCACGGCCCAUGGCGGAGAGUCACUCACCGGCCGGGCUGGCGGAGUCUGCGUCCCUGGCUGGGCCUGGCGUCCCCGGUUCGGAGUCGGAAAGCCGGCGGCGGCCGCUGAGCGAGCUGCGCGUGAUAGACCUGCGGGCCGAGCUCAGGCAGCGCAACUUGGACAGCGGCGGCAACAAGAGCGUCCUCAUGGAGCGGCUGAGGAAGGCUAUUGAGGAGGAAGGAGGGAAUCCUGAUGAAAUUCCAGUGGUUUCAGAAAAUAUCAUGAAGAAAACUCCAAAAAGGAGCAGCAAAGGACGUAGAGCAGACGAAGAGGGAGUGGAAGACAACGGCCUGGAGGAGGAUUCUGGAGAUGGACAGGAUGAUCUUGAAGCAAGUUUGGAUAACUUGCAGGAUAUUGACAUGAUGGAUAUUAGUGUGUUAGAUGAAGCUGAAAUAGAUAAUGGCAAUGCAGUAGAUUGUGGAGAUGAUUACAGUGCCCAUAAUAUUCUUGACUCGCUGUCUGAUAGUAAAGAAAAUGCUGAUGCAGAAGUGAAAGAACUUCCAGAUCAGCCUACAGAGUAUGCUGUAGGUAACUUGGAGGCAUCCCCACAAUUUUCAGAAAUUAAAGAAGAAUCAAGAGAAAUACCAAUAGUGAUGGUAGAGUUUGAAGAUGUUGGGAACAGUUUAGAUGCUUCUUCAUCAGAUUUAACCGUAAUAAAGGAACUUGAAGAGUUACCUUUGGAGCCAGAAAAUGAGAAAAUACUCGACAUUUUGGGGGAAACUUGUAAAUCUGAGCUACUUAACGAAGAACCUCCCGAAGCGGAGCGGCCGCGUGCGCAGGAAGCCAGUAACGCGGGGCCAGGCAAGAGGCUGGCUGAGGAAGAGGACGCUCUCGCUGCCGCUCAGCUGGAGGAAGAUGCUUUAGCUUUGGACAGCAAAUCGGCCCAAGCUUUGGCAAGGAAGGAAGCAAAGCGUUUAGUGGUAGCAAAAGGGGAGACAAGUGAACAGAGCCCCGAGGAAGAGGCCCCGGACUCUGAAGGUGUAGUGGUAGAGACCCUAAGCGAUCAGAGUAGCAAACGCUCCCAAGGCCUGGAAGCCUCUAGUGGGGAGCCAGCGGAGAAAGGCGCAGGUGCCGAAGCCAGAGAUAGCAAAGAAGAUGGCAAGAGAGCAGAAGACAAAGCUAAUUCUGAGGAAUCUUCCCCUGCCACUAAAGAGUCCUCAGCCAGUGAGGGCGGUGAUCAGAAAAAGAGCCCUGUUGAAGACAAAGAUACAAAGGCAGUCACAAAAGAUGAGAAAGGUCGUGUGGGGAGUGGUUCUGGCAGAAAUUUGUGGGUUAGUGGACUUUCCUCUUCCACUAGAGCUACAGAUUUGAAGAACCUUUUCAGCAAGUAUGGAAAGGUGGUUGGUGCAAAAGUGGUGACAAAUGCUCGCAGUCCUGGUGCUCGCUGCUAUGGCUUUGUGACAAUGUCAACAUCUGAGGAGGCCACCAAGUGUAUUAAUCACCUCCACAGAACAGAGCUGCAUGGUAAAAUGAUUUCUGUGGAAAAGGCAAAAAAUGAACCAGCAGGAAAAAAGCCUUCUGACAAAAAGGAAGGUGAAACAAGGAAGGAAAAAGACAGGCACCAUUCUGCAGAAUCCAAAUCUGAGAAGUCUGUUGGUAUUAAGAAGGAGGAGAAGAUUGACAAAAAAGAUGAUGCUAAGAAAUCCGAGAAAGAUGAAAAAGAAGGAAAAGAAAAGGAUGAACAAAAGACUGGAUCUUCUGAUAGAUCCAGGGCAAGCAAAUCAGCAAGUCGAGGAACAGAAAGGACAGUGGUAAUGGAUAAAUCUAAAGGAGAGCCAGUUAUUAGUGUGAAAACCUCUGCAUCAAAAGAGAGGAGCACCAAAAGCCAGGACCGCAAAUCGGAGAGCAAGGAAAAGCAGGAUAUUUUAUCAUUUGAUAAAAUCAAGGAGCAGCGGGAGCGGGAACGGCAGAGGCAGAGGGAGAGAGAAAUCAGGGAAACGGAGAGGCGCCGAGAGAGAGAGAGGCGAGACCGGGAGCAGCGCCUCGCAGCCAUUCACGAGCGGGAUGAGAGACAGAGGCUCCAGAGGGAGCGGGAACGGCUUGAAUUCCAACGGCAGCGCCUGGACAGAGAGCGCCUGGAGAGGGAGAGGCUGGAGAGGGAAAGGAUGCACAUAGAGCAGGAAAGGAGACGGGAACAGGAGCGAAUCCAGAGGGAGAGGGAAGAGCUGCGGCGCCAGCAGGAGCAGCUGCGCUAUGAGCAGGAGCGGAGAUCUGCCAUGAGGAGGCCUUACGAUCCUGACAGCAGGCGGGAUGACCCGUACUGGCCCGAGGCCAAGCGGCUGGCGCUGGAGGACCGGUACCACUCGGACUUCGGCCGCCAGGAUCGCUUCCACGACUUCGACCACAGGGACCGCGGCCGCUACCAGGAUCACUGCUUGGACAGGAGAGACUGUACAAGGGGAAUUCCAGAUCGAGAUGGGCAGCACUACCCAGACGAGCGGCACGGGGGGCCUGAGCGGCACUCCCGGGACAGCUGGGGUGGCUACGGCUCCGACAGGAGGAUGAGUGAGGGAAGAGGGAUCCCCCCACAGACCCGAGAUGGACGUGACUGGGGAGAUCAUGGUCGAAAGUUAGAGGGGCAUCAAGAUCGUACAUGGCAGGGAAAUGUGGAUGGAGGAGUGAUGGGACGGGAUCAUGAGAGAUGGCAAGGUGGCGAUAGAAGCAUGCCUGGUCAGUCAGGACCAGGCCAUGGGAUGACUCGAGGAGGGACAUCAGGGCGCGGAGGCUUCGCCGGGAGCCCGGCGCAGGCGCUGCCGGGCAGCGGGAUCCCAGCUGUGUUUGCAGGCCCCGAGAGGACGAGCAGGCCGAGCGAGCCCCGCUUCAGCCGCCGCUACUGACGGCUCGCUGUACAUAAACGUGGUUUUUAAACUGCCGCCUGACAGCGGGGGUGAGUUUUAUUAACCCAGGGUCACCUUGAGUUCGUGAUUCUAAAAAUGCCAGACUGCUGCUGCGCUGUAGCCAAAUACUGUGUCAACUUGGUUUGGGGUUUGUUGGUUUUGGUUUGGUUUUUUUUUUUUUUGUUUGUUUGUUUGUUUGUAAUGAACAUGGUGUUGGUCAAACAUCGCUUUUAAGUUUCUGUAAGUGAAACAUUCCAUUUUUCAAAAAUAAUAAAACCGGUUUAUGGCUACUA